AUGCUUUUAGGGAUAUUUCGUGACCCGAAGACACUUAUGAGGACGUUGCCCGCCACUGUUGGUGCAAGACUGCUCAACGAGAACUUCCAAGAUGAUUGCGACGGCGUUGAGCCGGAGUCUCAUGGCCCGUGGAACACUGCGACCGGAUCGCAGAGCGGAGGAAGACUCCAGGAUGCUUGGCAAGGUCCAGGAGGUCUUGUCCUCCGCAGAGACCAAGAUGAACAUGCUGAGUGGAUAGGAAGCCAAUAUGGACAUGGAUGGUUACAGUGGCUAGGUUUGAUGGUCAGCGAGCCGCCACGAAUGCUGCGAAGCUACUUCUUCUAUUAG